CGGACCGGGCGGGUGGGUGGGUACUUUCUACCCACCUUGACGCGUGCAAUGGCAACUCCAGGACGCAAGAAGGCGGCGACUGGCGCUUCCCUCUUGGAUGCGUUGUCGCCUCAGUUAAUGUCCUUGGUUGAAGCAUCCUUAGGACACUCAUUGGCGGCACCUUCGUCGGUGAGGAACGGCCUCAGCUCAGCCAACGCAUCUCCACCACCACAACGAUCCACCGUCCAACCACCUGCGAAUCGGGGCGAGUCUGUGAUACCCCAGAGCAGAAGCAGCGACUAUAUCCGAGUAGGAGUGCUCAAUCCGUCGGAAAUAUUUCUUCUCCGACAGGCAGACAGCCCUGGCUUCGUCGUCCGAGAGCAUUUCUUAGGGCCUGCAGCUGCAACCGCUGUCCAUGACGCAUGCCUCGGCCUCACGGAGUCCACUCCAAUGCGCCCUGCCCAGGUGGGCGUUGGCAAGUCCACUGCAGUUACGUGUCAUGUCGCGGACGCUCGUGGAGAUCAACUCGUUUGGCUCCCCCACGACAAGACCGCCCUCCCACCGCCGCUGCAGCAUCUCUUGGCCCAAAUUGAAAGGCUCAUGCAUGGACUGGCCAAAGCCGCGCCGGAAUUGGGCGUUCGAAACGUCAAGUCGACGCAGUUGGCCGUGUUUCCAGGCCACAACACCCGCUUCGUUCCGCACGUCGACACAUACGACCACAACAACAACGCCAAGCAGCACCUGAGUCGACGGAUCACGUGCCUGUACUACCUGAAUCCGUCAUGGGAAUCAUCGCACGGCGGCGCACUGCGCAUGCAUCUCCAAGAUGGAACAACAUGGGACAUUCCCCCAGUACUCGAUACGCUCGUGGUGUUUCGCAGCACCGACGUCCUCCACGAAGUCCUCCCCACGACAGUCCACCGGCUGGCGCUGACGACCUGGUACUACGGCGGUGGCUCAGCCACCACUAUCCCGUCGACCCCUCCUUCCGCCACGUCACCAACGCCCACCACGCCCUCUUUUGCAACCAACAUAGCCACUCGAACAACGUCGUCAUGUGUCACUGGGUCAAACCAACCGCUGGAAGUUGCUGGAGGAGACGCCACGUCAACGAUCUUUGUGUCGAUUCCUAGCUACUGCGACUCGGAAUGCCAGCCCACGGUGGCCCAUCUCUUUGCGACCGCCGCCGCUCCGUCCCGCGUGUUUGUUGGCCUAUGUCUGCAACAUGAGCAAGAUGAUCAAAGCAUGGACAUGUACGGUGAGCAUGUUCGAAUCAAGCGGAUGCGACCGGCGGACGCGACGGGACCGUGCCUGGCGCGAUGGGAAACCCAGCAGUUGUGGAAAGGGGAAGCGUUCUACCUGCAAAUCGAUAGCCACAUGCGGUUUCGACGGGGGUGGGAUGUGUACUUGAUCGAUCAACUGCGGCGAUGUAGCAACAGCCCACAAGGACGACCUCGCAAAGCCAUCUUGACCACAUAUCCCCUGGGCUACACCCUGCCAAACGAGAUUCCCAAUGAUACCCGGCCAACCUUGCUCUGUGCGUCGGCAUUCGAUUCGCACGGGAUGCUUCGACAAUGCGGCAAAGUGCUCAAGACAAGUCCAUCGUCGCCUGUUCCAAGUGCAUUUUGGGCGGCGGGGUUUGCGUUUUCACGGGCAUGUGUGAUUCAAGAGGUACUUUAGUAUAUUAUUGCCUUUCCUAAAAGUUGGACUUUUGUGGUGAUUCGUCAAAUCUACCCUCGAUAGGUGCUUUGUACUAACGGUGCCAUACGACCCGUCAUUGGCCCACUUAUUCUUUGGAGAGGAAAACGUGAUGGCGGCAAGGUUAUGGACCCACGGGUAUGACUUUUACGCGCCGUGCGAGGCUGUGGUGUAUCACUUGUGGUCGCGAAGCCACCGGCCCACAUUUACCAGCCCACAGCGAGUCGACCAAGCGGCAAAGAAUGCGUCCCUCGAGCGAGUGCUGGCGUUGUUACUACAGGCCAAGGAAAACGAACCCAUGGUCGCGUGUGGAUUGGGAAGAGAGCGCAGUAUCCAAGAUUUCCAUGCUGCCCAAGGUGUCAACUGGUCGACCCACGAGAUUCAGUGGACGAGCUUGUGGGGCCACCGGGAUCCCAUUGAGUUCGACUUGACGGCUGCCGUCGACACGUAAAGUAUAUGUAAAAUA